UUUCUAUCCUUGAAACACCGUUAUCAUGGUGUUUGUGGUAAAUUUGUUAUCAUGAAAGCAUUUCUUGGUCAGUGGUAAAACAUCCAAGCAAACCAGCAGUAUUAGGUAGGAGGUGAGUGACAUCAGGUCAUUGAUCACGGUUGUAAAUUUCUCUUUCCCGUUUUUCACUGCUUUUCCGGAAUCAGUUUGGAGUGAUGUGGCAAAGCUGAGACCGUUACACUGAACAUCACAAGGUUACGAUGUUGGCCAAUCUGCUGGAUCUGCGGUCGAUCAAUUUGAUUAAUUUCCUGUUCGUUCAACUUAUCGUAGUGAUUGUAGUGCUGGGAUGUCUGAUUGCCACGAUCGAGAAAUAUCUGCCCACGGCAAUUAGUCAAACGUUCCGCUAUGGAAAACACGCACACAAGGGACCCGGUGAUCGGUUUGUCACACUGUUGGAAGUACCGAAGUCCUGGUUCAAACAUUUCUACAUUUUUGCCGCAGUCUGGUCGGCAGCUGCUUUCUACUUCAUGGGCAAUGCCUACUUUACGGGUAGAGUGACGCCGGGUUACGUGAUAGAUUUCUUGGACAUAAUGGCCACGACUAAAAGAACCGUUCGAACAACUCCCACGGAAACUAUGGUGGCCAUUAUGCUCAUCACGAUGCAAUGCUGGCGAAGAUUUUAUGAAACUUGGUUUGUGCAGGUCUUUUCCAACAAGUUGAGGAUGCAUUUAUCGGCGUAUCUGGUGGGGUACAUUCAUUACUUCAGUACGAUAGUGGUAAUUCUAUCGCAGGCGGAAGGAUUCGUUCGAACAGACGGUUCAUUGCUUCCCUAUCGGUUCGAGCUUUCCCCGCGAAUCGCUCUUUGGGUAGCGAUCUUUUUCUACGCCUGGCAGUACCAAUUUCAGUCUAAUCUAAUUCUUGCUAACCUGCGCAAGGAUCCUUCCGGACAGGUUGUCAACCAGAAACAUUCCAUUCCACGGGGCGGUUACUUUGAACUGGUUUCCUCACCGCACAUGUUCUUCGAGAUCGUCAUGUACGUGGCGCUGUAUGCGAUCAUAGCCCGCAACACGUCGGCCGUCUACGUGCUCGCGUGGGUGCUCUCGAAUCAGGUGAUGAAUGCCUGGUUGACGCACCAGUGGUAUCGGGAGAACUUCAAGGAUUACCCAGCGACGAGACGUGCCGUUUUUCCGUACGUGCUGUGAAAGAAGCGAAUCGCAGCAAUUGGAGGUAAGCGUGACAGUAAAUUACUAAGCAAAUAGUUGUCAUUACUUUCGCAUAUAUCACCAACUUUUGUUUGCGGUCAACUUUCGACGAACGGUUGAACAACUGCGCAAUUUGUUGGGGAAACAGACUUUCAAUCAUUUCUUCGUUUCUAUCGAUAACCCUUCAUUAUAGAACAUUUUUGAUGGGAAGAAGUCUAGCACGAAAGAAAAACAAAUCCCUUUUUGAGUAAGAGUAUCGAAUAAUUAAAAAGCAUUUGGCCAAUCGUUAGUUAAUCUAUCAUAACUGUAAACGACAUACUCGUAUCAAGGAACGUGAUAGAAUAUAAUAGCUCAAAUAAAACCACGAUCUGUCUUCCGCUACUGUUGGAAUGUUGGCGUUUCAAUAAAUCAA